CAGGCCGCCGCGGCCUGUGACGCGCACCUCGGCGCCCAAGGCCCGUAGCCGCGCAGUUUCCUCGGUCGUGAGGCCGCCGCGCAGUCCGGUCGUGUACACGGGCCCCGCGGGCUCGCAGAGCAGGAGUGCUCCUGCCUCAGUCCCCGACAGGCCCUCAAUGCCUGGUUCGGCCUGUAGCCGCCGCAACCAGCGGUCCUGCAGCCCCAGCAGCUCCGCGUACGGGACCCGACCCAGACGCACCAGCCGAAGAACGGGUUGCUGCAUCGCGCCCACCGCUGUGUCCGCGGGGCCCCGCCCUCUGCCUGAGCCUGGGGCGUGGCUUGAGGGGCGGGGCCGCAGGGGUGCACCCCGAGCCGCGGCUCCCAGGUGCGUGUUAAAAGGUGGAAAGGGGUGCUGUGUGAUCCCACGACCCAACUCAGGAUAGACCUUAUCCAUUCAUUCAACAACCAGUAUUCAGUGUCUGCUAUGUUCUGUAGGCCCUGCUGUAGGCGCUGGAUACAGCGGUGCAUAGCCUACGAGAAAGAUCUGUCCUGGUUGAGCAUCCUUAAUCUAAAAAUCUGAAAUCUGAAAUGCUCCAAAAUCCUUAACUUUUUGAGAGCUGACAUUGUGCCACAAGUGGAAAAUUUCAUACCUGAUGUUAUGUGUGUUGCAGUCAAAACACAGAUACACAACACACAGUUUACACAGCAUCCCCAAUGAAAAAAAGACCCUCCCAGCUCACUGCUGCUGCAGUUUUUCUGCCCACAUCUGGAUUUCCCCAUGCAGCCCCACAGAGGGUAAUUAAAUGGCAUUCGUGCAGGCUGGUCACGCCAACAACAGGUUUCCCACAAUGCCCCACAUGGGGACAAGACCUAUGUGCAUUACUCACUGCAUUUUUUUGUGUAUUCUCUGCUGUGUGGUGUAAAUAUAUUGUUGAAAAUGUCAAAAAGAUCUGAAGAUACCCCUGUGAAUAUCAGUGAUAAGAAAAAGAGGAAGCAUUUAUGUUUAUCUAUAGCACAGAAAGUCAAGUUGUUGGAAAAACUGGACAGUGGUGUAAGUGUGAAACAUCUUACAGAAGAGUAUGGUGUUGGAAUGACCACUAUAUAUGACCUGAAGAAACAGAAGGAUAAACUGUUAAAGUUUUAUGCUGAAAGUGAUGAGCAGAUAUUAAUGAAAAAUAGAAAAACACUUCAUAAAGCUAAAAACGAAGAUCUUGAUCGUGUAUUGAAAGAGUGGAUCCGUCAGCGUCGCAGUGAACACAUGCCACUUAAUGGUAUGCUAAUCAUGAAACAAGCAAAGAUAUAUCACAAUGAACUAAAAAUUGAGGGGAACUGUGAAUAUUCAACAGGCUGGUUGCAGAAAUUUAAGAAAAGACAUGGCAUUACAUUUUUAAAGAUUUGUGGUGAUAAAGCAUCGGCUGGUCAUAAAGCAGCAAAGAAGUUCACUGACAAGUUCAGUAAUAAUGAUGAACAAGAUGGUGACUUUGAAGGAUUCCAUAUGUCAAAUGAGAAAAAAAUAAUGUCUGACCUUCUAACAUAUACCAAAAAUAUACAUCCGCAGUCUGUCAGCAAGCUGGGAGAAGAGGAUAUCAAAGAUGUUUUUAACAGUAAUAAUGAGGCUCCAGUUGUUCAUUCAUUGUCCAGUGGUAAAGUAACAAAAAUGGUUCUGAAUCAAGAUGAUCAUAAUGAUGAAGAUGAUGGUAACACUGCAGAAAAAGUGCCUGUAGACGACAUGGUAAAAAUGUGUGAUGGUCUAAUUGAAGGACUAGAGCAGUAUGCAUUCAUAACAGAACAAGAAAUCAUGUCACUUUAUAAAAUCAAAGAGAGACUUCUCAGACAAAAAGCAUCAUUAAUGAGGCAGAUGACUCUGAAAGAAACAUUUAAAAAAACCAUCCAGCGGAAUGCUUCCUCAUCUCUGCAGGACCCACUUCUUGGUCCCUCAACUGCUUCUGAUGCUGCUUCUCACCUAAAAAUAAAAUAAAAUACAGUGUACAGUAACCUUUUAGUCAAAACACAGCGUUAUACUUGGAAAUUGAAAGCCUGCUGUUACUUCUUGUUGCUGUUGCUUAACCCAGCUGAUACAGGUAUUCUGGUGACACUACUGUGCUAACUCACUUAACUUGAAUUUUUUUCUUU